GUUUUAUUGUAGCUGGUAGAGGUUAGGACGUUGUCCUCAGUACGGCGAAUACCGGCUUCUUGGUUGGUACUCGAGGAAGUUUCUGUAUCGUACGUUUCUGUGUAUCGAUGUACCGGUUGGUCAGCAUUACGCGUUUACACUAGUCGACAGUGGUACGACAGCUCGUCCCAAACGAUUUCGAAGUGAAAUUCGCAUCCUGAUCGUUCGAUAAAAUUCGUGAAUCUCGUUCAGACGUGUAUGAAGAAAUAUUUGGCCGAGUAUGAAACAAGACAAUUCGAAGAUUUAGUGCAGCCGAAGAGGAGGGGAGACAUCGAGAGGGACUGUGAUGCGGUGACGACGAGGCAGACCAUGUGAUGGUGGGGCGGCGCCGGGCCUUGGGGCUGCUGCCGCCGCUGCUGCUGGGGCUGCUCCUGGGGAGGGGGCUGGGGCCCAGGGGGUGCGCCCCCCCUGGGCAGCCCCUGCCGCCCCCUAACCACCGCCCCCAGCUCCCCCCCUCUCCCGGCGGCAGGGACCUCCUCUUCGUCGGCGUCAUGACCGCCAAGAAGUACCUGCCCACCCGUGCCGCCGCGGUCCACCGUACCUGGGGCCAGCAGGUGCCCGGGAGGAUAGAGUUCUUCUCCUCCUACGAUUCCUUACCGCCUCCCAAUGACCCCCUCUUGCCGCUCGUCCGGCUCCCUGGUGUCGAUGACUCUUACCCUCCGCAGAAGAAGUCCUUCUUAAUGCUCCAGUACAUGUGGGAGCGCUAUGGUAACAGCUAUGAGUGGUUCCUUCGAGCAGAUGAUGACGUUUACAUCAGGCCGGACAAAAUGGAAACUUUGCUGAGGUCUGUGGAUUCUAGAAAAGCCCACUUCAUCGGACAAGCCGGCCGGGGUAACCAAGAAGAGUUCGGCCUCCUGAGCUUGGAGUACGACGAGAACUUCUGCAUGGGAGGCCCGGGCGUCAUCAUGAGCAGGGAAGUGUUGGCGAGGGUGGCACCGCACAUCCGCUACUGCCUCAAGAACCUCUACACCACGCACGAAGACGUGGAGCUGGGGAGGUGUGUCCAGAAGUUCGCCGGAGUUUCCUGCACCUGGUCUUACGAAGUAGAAUCACCAACGGGACUCUUUGGAAUAUUGUUCUGGUUCUCGAAAUUCUUCCAGUUGCCUUCCCUAGGAGGGAACUUAACUGACGAUACUAAACCCGAGCAUGGCCAGAUGCAGACUAUUUUGUAUCAUAACUCUAGCGGAAAAGAAGCAUUUACUGGUAAUUUAAAACAAAAAGAAGUUCACCGUGCCAUAACACUCCACCCGGUCAAACAACAUAAGCAUCUCUAUCGUAUUCACAAUUACAUGCAAAUGUUGAAAGUUCAAGAGCUACAGCAAGAUAUGCUUUCUCUGCAUCGGGACAUCCUCAGCAUGUCACAGAUACUUGAUAUAGAAAAUAAAAUGGACGCCUUUGACGACUCUGUUCAAUUUGGACAACCGCCAGGACUCACGAAAUUCAUACCAAAAAAUGACAAAGAUCUGAUUCCCUGGGACUUCAUUCAGCGAUCAUUAUAUUCUGCUUUUAAUGCUAAUCCGAGAAGGAGAAUCGAUGCUCCAUUGAAGGAAGGGCUUGAUGAUGUAAUCAGAGAGGAACCUAAAAAAAGCUCUUGUUUGCAGUGGUUAAUCUUCUAUUUACUUCUCGCUGAAUGGAUUAACGAGAUUCCCUCUGUCCCUACCUACUAUCUAGCGAAACCACGGCCAAGGGAACGGGCUUGGAAGAAUCAGCGGGAAAAAUUGGAAGAAUCAUAUUAUUGUCCCAGUUCACCUGACUGCCUAAAUAUCUCGAUUCGUGAAGUUCAGGAAACUGAUGAAGUUAAUCUCAACAACGAACUUUCCGAAGAUGCUAUUGAAGCUCCUGGAAAUCUUCCAGGAAUUAAGGAUGUAUUUGGGAAUGGAUUAAUUAAGUUGGGAGGUAAUAUACCUUCGAUACUUUUCCCAAUAGUGACAGAAAACUCAAAAGAACUGAGAAGAAAUGAAAAGAUGAUAAAUUUUAUCCUACCACUCUCAGGAAGAUUUGAAAUAUUCAAAAGAUUUAUGGGAAUUUUCGAAGAAGAAUGUUUAAAAAAUGAAGAGAGGGUAUCUUUAACAGUUGUACUUUUCCCAAACGACAAAGAAGAUAGUGUAUCGAAAACAUUAAGUUUAAUUAAAAUGUACCAAGAAACCUACAAAUACACAAGAAUAGAUGUUUUACCACAGUUCGAAAAUUUCGCUAGAGCGAGUGCCUUAGAAAUAGGAGCAUCGCAUAUUGAAGAACCAAAUGAUCUCCUGUUUUUCAUUGAUGUAGACAUGGUAUUCAGGAGAGGAUCAUUGCAACGGAUCCGAAGAAACACAAUUAGAAAGAAAUCAGUUUAUUUUCCCAUAGUUUAUAGUGAAUUUGAUCCGAUAGCAGUUUUCAACCAAACAAUAUCACCCAAUCACUUUUUAAUUGACGAAACAACUGGAUACUGGAGGCAAUAUGGUUUUGGAAUUGGAAGUGUCUACAAAACUGAUCUCCUUGAGGUAGGAAGCUUUGAUACAACGAUUAAAGGUUGGGGAAAAGAAGAUGUUGAUCUCUUUGAAAAAUUUAUUACAGCAUCGAAGAAUAUAAGUAUUUUUCGAUCUGUAGAUCCUGAUUUAGUUCAUGUAUUUCACAUUGUUGAAUGUGAUCCUAAAUUGGACGAUGUACAACUUAGGAUGUGCCAGGCUUCAAGGGCUGACACAUAUGGUAGUGUCGCUCAACUCACAAGAUACAUCAAAGAAAAUCACAACAUUGUCAACAGAUUUCUACAAAAGUUGAACUGAAUAAAUUACCUAUUCAUAUAAAACAAUUGAGAAUUAGCUUGUGUUAGUUUCAUGUAUUGUACAAAUAAUAUAUGAUUCAUAAUCAAAAGAAGUACAACAAAAAAACUCUAUAUCAAUAUAUGAAAUGAAUUUGUGAUCUAAAAAAUACUACCAUGAGUAUGAUGUGAUUUAAGAACAAUUCAAGAAUAUAUUUAUUUUCUCACAGUAAUUAUAAGAGUACUUCACUAUAUUCUAAGAACAGUUUCCUAUAAAAUGUAAAUAGAAAAAUGUAUAGUUAUAUUUUAAGGCCCAAUAUUUGAUCGUUAAUUGUAAAUAUGUAUAUGUAUUAUAAUUUGUUGUAUAUCGAAAUGCUGUUAAUGUAAAUAAAUAGCUGUGAUCUUUUUAUUUUCAUUAUACAAACAUUUAUGUUUUGA